UCUGUCUGCCCUCCCUCCCUCCCUCCUUUUCCUCCAUUAUUCAUUAUUAUCCCCGUGUUCUCUCCUUUCUCCCGUUAGCCCCACAGGUCGCCAUGGCGCUUUAGCCUGCUGGAGACGUCUACCCGUUUCCGCUGUUUGGUUUUAACCCUGCGGGAAACGUUUACAGCCCCCCCUCCCUCUCCUCCUCUCCCGCCAGACAGAGACAGACAGACAUGCUGCUCCACGGUGGGUGCUCGCGCUUCCCGCCUCCUCUCCCCUCCGGGACCCGGUGAGUAGAGAGGUCUUCUGAGACUCUCCUCCAGACUAACCAACGUGACGAGAGUGACUGGACCAGAGACUGACCACAAUCGUGUUCCCUGUGGUCAUGUUCGAUCUAACCAGGUCCAUCGGUGUAGAGAACGGUCUAACCAGGUCCAUCGGUGUAGAGAACGGUCUAACCAGGUCCAGUGGUGUAGAGAGCGGUCUAACCAGGUCCAUCGGUGUAGAGAACGGUCUAACCAGGUCCAGUGGUGUAGAGAACGGUCUGACCAGGUCCAGUGGUGUAGAGAGCGGUCCCAGUCAACACAACCAGAGCGUUCACAACCACUCCUCAACCGCAACCACACACGGCUCACCACCCCCACCACGGUCGGUGCGGUGCGGUCACCAUGGACGGUUGUGGUCUAACCCCGGUAUUGGACUAUACUGCUGAGAUGGAGCGAUACCGAUCUUUCGCUAACUUCUACGCUAAAACUAACGUGAACAUGAACGCUGUUAACAGCGUGAACUUCCCUCAGUCGUCAAAGCUCGCCCGCAUCACCCCUCCCAUGUUCCCCGGCGGCAGAAUCGGUGUGGGCGUAGCGGGAGUGACGCCGUGGGGUUGCCAUGACAACGUCAACAUGAACAUCAAUGCAGCGGCGAUGCUGUGGGGGCGAAAACCUCCUGUCCAUCAGGCCACGCCCCUGGCUCCUCCCACAACGCAUCCAUCACCCUUGGCAACGCCCAUGCAGCCCCACCCCCACCGGACCGGCGGCGGAGAGGGGAAGCAGCACGGAGGACAUGGAGGACACGCCUCUUCCUCACAGGGACAGGAAAUGCAUCAUCACCACGGGAAUAACAACUUCCUGUCAGGCUACACGACCGCCGAUCACAUGACCAAACAAGGCCACACCCACCAGGACAUGCUCAGCCUAUCAGAUCGCAACAGCAGCUGCAAUGGAGGAGGAGGAGCCAACGGGGUCAACAUGUCCAACUUCCCCGCUGGAAUGUUGGGGUUACCGCCCGGGGUCAUCGUCAUGGCGAUGGGGUCGCACAAUGGUGUCAACAUUCCGGACACCUCCCACUUCCAGAUGGCGACCAACCACAACCAGAUGCUAUCGGACUGCCACCACGCCAACCAGACUAACUCCUCCCCUUGCCCCUCGACCUCCCCGGGGAUGACCUCUGGGGGUCAGGGGUCAGGAGCCUCCAAGAGGAAGAGGAAGCGGUGUGGGGUGUGUGCCCCCUGCAGAAGGCUGAUUAACUGUGGGGUGUGUUCAGCCUGUAGGAACAGGAAGACAGGUCAUCAGAUCUGUAAGUUCAGGAAGUGCGAAGAGCUGAAGAAGAAGGCUGGGAGUACACAACUAGAGAGACCUUCCUCUGUGUCCAGUGGAGAAGCUUUCAGAUGGUUCUUCUAGAGGUCGAAACCACAACCUUGAAAAGCCGAAGACGUGAAAAGGAUAACUACUGCUAGUCUUUACUAGUCUAUAACUAGUCUAUAACUAGUCUUAACUAGAAACUUGUUUCAGUUCUUCACCUCAUGGCUGGUUCCUCUCCACCGUAGAGAUAGAAUCUAUGGAACGGGCCUCCCCAUUCAAGUCAACGAUGGCACGACUUGGCCGAGAUUCUGUCCUUAUGCUCUCUUCUACCUCCUUCACAAAAUGUUCUGACUCCAGACACCUAACCUAGUCAGUCCGCUGUGUUGUGGGACACACGGAGCAGAACCUUUAGAACCCGAGAGGGUUCCGCUCACAUUCCGAUGUUUACAACUACGAACCUGACUGGAGCUGUCACAGAACGUUCCGGAAAACAUUCAGGCACCCGAUUUCCCUAUGCAGUGCACAACGUUUGAACGUAGCAUUAUACCGAAUUAGUGCAUAUUACUUAUGCUAUACAUUACUUUGAAUGUAGUGCACUAUAGAGGGAAUAGGGUGCCAUUUGGGACCCUUGUCAUUGAAUAAGCCCCUCCUCUCUAACUGGCUGUCGCAUGGAUUAUAACGUGUUUUUCGGUUUCUGAAAGGUUACAAAACGUUUGUAUAUUUGACGUCGUGAUUCCUCCAUGUGGCGAGUAAUAAAAGGGUUUUA